AUGAUCGCUGCUUUCAAAGCUGAAGAAGCAAGCCAGAUGCAGCUCGUUGAACGAGAAGAAAUUGAGGAUGACGAAGACUUAUUUGAAGCUAUUGAUAAAUUAAUCGCUCAAGGUAUAAAUGCCGGAGAUGUUAAGAAACUUCAAGACGCCGGUAUCUAUACAUGCAAUGGCUUGAUGAUGCAUACCAAAAAGAACCUCACUGGAAUCAAAGGUUUAUCGGAGGCCAAAGUUGACAAAAUCUGUGAAGCAGCUGAGAAGAUAGUGAAUUUCGGUUAUAUGACUGGGAGUGAUGCUCUGCUCAAGCGGAAGUCGGUGGUCCGGAUCACUACAGGGAGCCAAGCUCUUGAUGAUCUCCUAGAAGGUGGAAUCGAAACUUCAGCAAUCACAGAAGCUUUUGGGGAGUUUAGGUCUGGGAAAACACAACUGGCGCAUACCCUCUGUGUCUCCACACAGCUUCCUACGAACAUGAAAGGCGGGAAUGGCAAGGUGGCUUACAUUGACACCGAAGGAACUUUCCGACCAGAUCGGAUUGUCCCAAUAGCAGAAAGAUUUGGAAUGGAUCCGGGAGCUGUGCUUGACAAUAUCAUUUAUGCCCGUGCUUAUACCUACGAACAUCAAUACAACCUGCUUCUGGGGCUAGCGGCAAAAAUGUCUGAAGAACCAUUCAAGCUUCUAAUCGUUGACUCAGUCAUUGCUCUAUUCCGAGUGGAUUUCACCGGAAGAGGCGAACUCGCCGAGCGACAGCAAAAACUAGCACAGAUGCUUUCUCGGCUCAUCAAAAUCGCCGAGGAAUUCAACGUCGCUGUCUACAUGACCAACCAAGUGAUAGCCGAUCCAGGAGGAGGAGUGUUCAUAUCGGAUCCAAAGAAGCCAGCGGGAGGGCAUGUGCUCGCUCACGCGGCCACGAUCAGGCUAAUGUUCAGGAAAGGCAAAGGCGAGCAACGUGUGUGUAAAGUGUUUGAUGCUCCAAAUCUCCCCGAGGCUGAAGCAAUAUCCUUUCACAAACUCAAUACACACACACAUAUACACAGACAAGGAGACAUUCCUUUUUUUCACAUUUUUGGUUCACCAAUGUGAAUUUUCCUUAACAGAGUUUGGCACAUUUUCCAGAUAACCCCAGGAGGAGUUGCAGAUGCAAAGGACUAAAACCGAAAGAACAGCU